AGACCCACUUAAUCGACGGUGCAGGAGACAGUAUACUCCUCGGCUGAGAAACAAAUUUUCCUUCUGUUUUCCCAUCUACUUUCUCGAAGGCCAAACAGAGAGAGAACGAAGGAAAAAACUCAACUAGAAAAAUUGUCAGCGAUGAAGAAGCUAGCGAGACAAUUGAGGAAGUCACAGGACGAUGACUUGUCUCUCCCUACUUGGGACGACCCUACUCUCAACGAUUCUCGUCCCCUAGACAUUCAAGAACAAGAAGAGUUGGUGCGUUCAUUCGAGAAGAGUCAAGCUCAGCAGAGUCGUUUAUGGAGGCUUUUGUUUGCAUCACUUCUCUUUUGCUUCACUGCGUUUCUGUUAUACUCGAUCUUCCAGCAGGUUUUGUCUCCAUGGGAAUUGCGUUAUCAUGCUUACUUCAUGGAGGAGGUGCAUUCAUGGAUGAUUAUAUCAGCAGAUUGGCUAGCUGUUGUAGCAUGUUCAUCAGCCAUCAUAGGAUUACUUCAUGAUUCAAAGCAUCACCGGCGAUGGAUUUGGUACUCGCUAUUUACUGGCAUUAUACUCACAGUUUUCUGGUUGUAUUACAUGUUGAGAUUGCCAAGGUUCCGCUGGGAUGUAAUCUGGCUUCCAUUUGGACCUCUAAGUGGAGCAGGACUCACUCUGUACGUCGAUCAUCUACUAAUUGAGUCAUCAGAAGAGAUAAGAAAACUUCGAGGCUAUAUGUAUGCUUACAAAGCAAGCUGAAUCUCAUGUUUGUUUAUCUUUGACAUUGAUCCGAGAUAGAUAGCACAGGGAGUAGACUAAAAGUGUGACUCUGGUACGAGGGAGCUCGUAUGAGCUGCAUUAA